CUCUCCUAAAUUCACUCCCAUUCACUCCACCUCUCCGGCCCUCCCCCAACUCCACCUUUCUGCUCCGACUGACAGGAAGCAAGUUGCAGUUUGAAAGUAAGGGAAAAUGGAGCCUUCAAAGAAUAUUGUGAAAAUUGCUAUCCAGAUGAUGGGGGCUUAUCCCCAACUUAUUGAACUGAAUCAGAGCAAACCUUUGUCAGCUGUCCUGAAGGACGUUUGUGAUACGUGGAAUAUCAGUAAUCCUGAACAGUACACACUGCAGUAUGUGGACGGACACCAGGAAUACAUCACAGAGCUGAACAGAAUGGAUAUUAAGAAUGGCAGUAUCCUGAGACUCACCACGUCCCCGGACAAGGAGGCCAUCAGUCUUUGCACUGGAGCACAGAGCCAUAACCUAGAUGUGAAAUCUGAAUCUCUGAAGAAGCUGGCGAUUCUAUCGAGAGAUGUCACAUUUGCUCAAGAAUUCAUCAACCGGGAUGGCCUCUCCAUCCUAUCCAGGAUUGUGGAGGAGGAAGAAGGGGAGGGAGAUGUCAUGGCUCACACUCUGAGAGCCAUCUCGGAGCUCAUGGAACAUGGAAUGGUAUCAUGGGAGACUUUCAGCACAUCAUUCAUACACAAAAUUGUAGCAUUUGUCAACAUGAAUCAAAUGGUGGCACAAACCACACAGCUUUCACUGGCUGUCCUGGAGAACAUGGUACAGAGUAGCAGUAAGCUGGGAGACAUGGUCAGGCAUGGAGUUACCUUGGACAGAUUGCUUGGCCUCCUUCAAGUGUCGAACCAAGAGAUGCAAAUAAAGGCGAUGGCUCUCAUUGUUGCACUGCUGCAGAGAGUGGGAGAACAGGAGAGACAGGAAAUGCUGGAUUAUCUUUGGAAGAAGAAUAUGAGACAAUUUAUUCAUAAGCACAUUAUUCAUGGCUGGGCUGCUCUGGGUGAUGAAAUUAGUCACUACCUGUACGUAUUGCAGUGUCUGAGUUUGGGCCUCCUGGAGACUCGAAUGAAGAGCGCCAUGGACCCCAAUGAUCCGAUCCAAAGGCAGCAUCUUCAGUCAUUGCGACUUGCAGCUUUUCCAAGCGAAGGUGAAGAUGGCGCACACCUGACCUCCGAUCGACGGCGCUCACUCUGUGCUAAGGAGUUUCGCAAACUUGGUUUCAAUAACAAUGGAAGCCCAUGGCAGGACCUGUGUCUCACCCCACCUGGACUCUUAGCUCUUGAUAACAUGGUGUAUUUCUCAACUCGCUGGCCUAGUGCCUACAGCAGGUUUGUUCUGGAGAACAUCAGCCGGGAAGAUCAGCACGCCUGUCCCUUUGCACGAAGCAGCAUCUACCUCAGCUUGAUCCUUUGUGACAUUCUUAGAGUUGGAGAGCCAGCCUCAGAGACAGGACAAAGCUUUCUGGCGUUGUUUUACUCGCAGGAUCACUGCAUGCAGGAACUGUUCUGUGUCUGUAUCCAGCUACUCAACAAAACCUGGAAGGAGAUGAGAGCUACUCAGGAGGACUUUGACAAGGUAAUGAAUGUGGUGAAGGAGCAGAUGUCUCGCACGCUUGCCUUUGCACAUACAUCUCUGGAAUUUUUCCGAACAAAAAUAUUCUCAUUGAAUUAUAGUGAGAUUUUGAAAUUGCGUCAGGCAGAGAGACUGAUCCAAGAUGAGGCUCUAUCCCCACCAGUGAUGGAACUGAGGAGACAGCUACAACCAGAACUUCUAAACCUCAUCCGUCAGCAAAGACUCCAUUACCUCUGUGAAGGGACUAAAUUUCGCAAGCUCAGCAGCAGACGGAGACAGGAUAAACUGUGGUACUGUCGCCUCUCUCCCAACCAUAAAGUAUUCCAUUAUGGAGACCUGGAUGAUAACAUUGAUAACCCGCCAAUCGAGAUGCUGCAGGAAAAAAUUCCAGUUGCUGAUAUUAAGUAUGUGCUGACAGGAAAGGACUGCCCUCAUAUGAAAGAAAAAAAGCAGAACAAGGACAUUGUGGAGCAGGCAUUUUCUAUUUGUUACGAUGUGGAGAGUUUCUUAAACUUCCUUGCCCCCUCACCAAAUGAUUUCUGCCUCUGGCUCGACGGACUGAAUGCCCUCCAAGGCCGGGAAAUGACCAGUGAACGUAAAAGAAGUGAUUUGGACAUAUUGCUAAAUGCAGAACUCAAGCUGAGGCUAUUGGAUUUGGAAAAUGUCCCCAUUCCUGAACACCCACCAGCGAUCCCCGCACGGCCACUUAACUAUGACUAUUUCUACCAAUUUGCUUCCACCGAGGCUUAACACUCACACACUACUUGAUAUACACUCUGCCACCAUCCCAGAACCACAGCCUUGCCAUGGCAAUCAUCCCAAAGCAACUGCCCUGCCAUGGGCCACCCUCCCAGAACCAUGGCCCUGCCAUGGGCCACCAUCCCAGAACCAUGGCCCUGCCAUAGGCCACCAUCCCAGAACCAUGGCCCUGCCAUAGGCCACCAUCCCAGAACCAUGGCCCUGCCAUAGGCCGCCAUCCCAGAACCAUGGCCCUGCCAUAGGCCACCAUCCCAGAACCAUGACCCUGCCAUAGGCCACCAUCCCAGAACCAUGGCCCUGCCAUAGGCCACCAUCCCAGAACCAUGGCCCUGCCAUAGGCCACCAUCCCAGAACCAUGGCCCUGCCAUAGGCCACCAUCCCAGAACCAUGGCCCUGCCAUAGGCCACCAUCCCAGAACCAUGACCCUGCCAUAGGCCACCAUCCCAGAACCAUGGCCCUGCCAUAGGCCACCAUCCCAGAACUUUGGCCCUGCCAUAGGCCACCAUCCCAGAACCAUGGCCCUGCCAUAGGCCACCAUCCCAGAACCAUGGCCCUGCCAUAGGCCACCAUCCCAGAACCAUGACCCUGCCAUAGGCCACCAUCCCAGAACCAUGGCCCUGCCAUAGGCCACCAUCCCAGAACUUUGGCCCUGCCAUAGGCCACCAUUACUAACCCACGACUCUGCCAUUGACCCCCACAGAUUCACAGCCAUGCCAUCUGCCCCUACAGACACACCACCUUAUCAUUGACUAGAGAUCUUCAGCCUACACCACAGAUCCACGGCUCUGCCAUCUGUCAGCAUGGCAGAUCCAUAGCACUUACAUUUGCCACCAACACAGAUGUUCAGCCUUUUUGACCUACCACAACACCACCAUGGUCCUGGCUUUGGCCCACAACACAGAUACCUGGCUCCACCAUCUAACACCACAGUGUCUUGUAUAUCUUUUAACUGUAUGUAUACAUAUUAUUUUUAAGAAAUGUACAAAGCAUUAUGUGCAUAAUUUGCAAAUGAAAUAAAUAUAUAAAAAAGUGGAGCAGAACGCA